UACAAAGCUGCUCUAGGCUGCUAUCAUGUAGCUAUGCAGCAACUUCAUCAGUAAUGUGUGGCAUUCUCUGCAGGCAUGCUUCAGCCAGUCCAAUAUCUCACCUCAAGCAUUACCAUGCUCGGCUCCUACGUGACAAGGACUUCCAUAAGUCUAUCACCAAGUGUUCUCGAACUUCACUCAACAUCAGCUGUAUAUAGACUUUAAACGUGCACAAUCUCAUAUCGUUUGCAUCCCAAACCACAAUAUGUCCCCAGCUACCCAAAUCGCCUACUUCACCCUCAAAUCAAGAACAAACGUAAACGAAGGCGAAGCAGAACCAGUCUUCACUACAUUCCUCAAGACCAUCUCCUCCCAACCCGGUCUCCAGUCAUUAUACUAUGGCCACACAAUCCAGCACCCAGACAUCCUCCAACUACUAGUCCAAUGGAGAACCAUCGAGGACCACCACACAUACAUGCAAACAUCUGACUAUCCAGCACUUAUAGACACUAUACGUCCAUACCUGAAAGACGUCCCUGUCUACAUGUUCCACGUUCACUUUCCCCUCUCUAUCGACGACCUCUGCUCGAAACCAGUCGUCGAGGUCGUCAGCAUGUAUGUCACUCACGCUCAAGCACCCUUCUACGAGUCUAACCUCGCCGUAAUGCUGAGCGUGCUCGCCGAGGCCGAAGGAAACUAUGGGUCGAUCAGUGGGCAUGCGGUCGAAGAGGCAGAGCACGAGAGUUUCGGAGCAGACGGGAAAGGAGCACGGUUUGUGAGCUUGAUUGGAUGGACGGGCAUUGCUGCGCAUGAGGCAUUCAAGAAACAUCCGGCGUUCUCGAGGCAUGCGGAUUUGUUCGCGGAACUGGUGGUUGGGGCUGAGAUGCAUCAUAUUACAUUGAGGAGGUUUGGUAAGGCUUAGGCUUAGAGAAAGUUCCGAUCCAAAAGGAGUAGCAUUGCUGCAAUUUAUAUACACGAACGUCAUCUCAC